UUGUUGUUGUUGAUGGCAGUGAUGACGGUGUGGAGGAGGAAGGGAUUGGUUUUAUUAGUUCAACUUGUAAAUCACCUCCAGAAAUAAAACCCAAUGAUCAACAAAAUAGGAAUUAUAGUUAUAAUCCAAACACAGAGAAAAUUAAACCUAAAACGGUACAAUCAGCAUCAACAAUACCUACAUUAGAAUUGUCGUUGUCAUCAUCGUUACAAGUAUCAAACUCAGUAACAUCAUCAAAUAUGGCAGAAAACUAUCAAACUAAUUUUUUUAAUCAUAAUAACAAUAAUCUAGAAGAAGAUGCUGCUACUACUAAUAUUUCUAAAUCUGAAACACAACCGCCAUCACUGCCAUCAACAACAACAACUUCAUCUUCUACUAUUAAAAUUCUAACAAAUGAUUCCUUAAAUUCAACCACCGAAACCAUUAAUAAUAAUAACACCACAUAUACCAAUGGAAUCAAUGGUACUAUUACUUACACAAAUGGUACUCUCACUAACGGCGCUACUACCAAUUGUGUGCCACCAGCAGCUUUACCCAACAUGAAUUCCUCCGAAUGA